CGAACUCCUCGCGAGAGGUGAGUUUGAAGCAGCCUCCGCCAUCUUGGAGAUGGGAGACGGGCGAUGGUUGUGGUCUUUCUGCUAAUGCAAACAACAAAACGGGCACAUUAGUCACCCCCGAGUGAGGCUAUCUUCACUGUAACUGUUGACCAAAGCUACAGAAGAAGCGCGGGCGUCAAAGCCGAGCGCGGCGACACCGAUAGCAGCUUCCCCCGCCUGCUGGGGAGCCAGAAGCGAAGUGACUGAGGACCGGAAGGAUGGUGCAGUCCUGUUCCGCCUACGGCUGCAAGAACCGAUACGAUAAGGAUAAGCCCGUUUCUUUCCACAAGUUUCCUCUUACCCGACCCAGUCUUUGUAAAAAAUGGGAGGCGGCUGUGAGAAGAAAAAACUUUAAACCCACCAAGUAUAGCAGUAUUUGUUCGGAACACUUUACUCCAGACUGCUUCAAGAGAGAGUGCAACAACAAGCUACUGAAGGAGAAUGCUGUCCCCACAAUAUUCCUGUGUACUGAACCGCACGACAAGAAGGAAGAUCUCCUGGAGCCGCAAGAACAGCCUCCCCCGCCUCCUUUAACGCCUCCGGUUUCCCAGGUUGACGCUGCUAUUGGAUUGCUGAUGCCUCCCCUCCAGACCCCUGAUAACCUCUCAGUUUUCUGUGACCACAACUAUACCGUGGAGGAUACAAUGCACCAGAGAAAAAGGAUUCAUCAGCUAGAACAACAAGUUGAAAAACUCAGAAAGAAGCUCAAGACCGCGCAGCAGCGAUGCCGAAGACAAGAACGACAGCUUGAAAAAUUAAAGGAGGUCGUACACUUCCAGAAAGAAAAAGACGACGUAUCAGAAAGAGGUUAUGUGAUUCUACCAAAUGACUACUUUGAAAUAGUUGAAGUACCGGCAUAAAAAAUGAAAUUUGUAUUCAUUUUUAAUGGGCAAUACCACAUACCCUCUUCUAGCCUAUAAAGGAGUUUCAUUUGAAAAAAUAACACUUGAUUACUUGUAUAAAAACAGUUCAGAAUAUUUUUUUAAAAAAAUAAAUUAGAUAUGUACUGUAAAAUGGUAAAAUUUUUGUUUGUAAUUUCAGGGUUUUUACAUUUUAACAAAAUAUUUUAAAAGUUAUAAACUAACCUCAGAGCUCCAAUGUAAGUUGGUUUCAAGAUUUGGGAUUUUUAGUUUUUAAUUUGAGUAUUUGUAGAAAUAAUGUAAAAAUAGAAAGUAAAGAGAAUGAGAACAGAACAGUAAGGGUGAUUUAAUUUUAAAGUUUAAAAUUAAUGCCGUUUAUUGAGAGAACUUAGUUAUAUUUUAAAUCAGAAGUAUGGAUCAGAUCAUGGACAUAACUUCUCAGAAUAUAUAUAUUCUUAUUAACAUUUUUAUUUGUAAAGUCAGAAGAUUUAUUUGUCUUUCUUAUCACUUGUCAAAAAUAAAUUGGCAAGUCAGUACUUUAAAAAAAUUGGUUGUCUUCAAAGCAGAAAAUGAAGAGUCAUUCCAUACCUAAUGAGUAUGGUUAAAUAACUUUAUAAAGAAUGGAUUUUUUAAAAGUGGGCCUCUCUUUUGUCCCCCGCUGUCUGGCAUUAUAAAAUUAGAAGAGUAUCUUCAGUGGAAGCAGCAUUCUUGAGUAGACAAAGUAGGCAUUGUUAUCAGUGAAGGAGGAAACGUGGGCGCCUCAUCCCUGGUGUGCCUUCCUCUCUCACCCCAGAGCUAGGGGCGUCCACCCCGCGAGGCAGUUCUUCUGCGUCCAGACCCUAACCAGCGGGCUUCCGCAGCAGUCUGAGCUGUACCGUAAUAUGGUGACCUUGCACUUGACUAAUGGAUUUUGGUCAAGGCUUUACAUAAAAAAUUAUUUCUUCACUUUUAACACAAGUUAGAAAGUAUAUCACAUUUUCUUAAAUGAAUGAUUUGUAUUCAAAAACAACCUAAUAUGUAGUGUUUAUUUUACUGAAUGUUGAGAUUUAAACACUGAGGUUUCUAUUCAAACUGUGAGUUGUGUUCUGACUUUGUAAGAAAUUUUACAUAUAUUUGAAAUGAAAAUAUGUUCCGAAUAAACAAAUACUGCCACAGAGAUUACUUAGAUUUAGAGUAACUGUUCCAACUAGAAUUAUUUUAUAUUUCAAAGUAUGCUGAGAUAGUUGAAGAGUAACAGAUCUUUUCAGGCAGUAUUAAAUUAAGACAUGAAACAAUGGCGUUCGAAAGUGUCUUUUGUAGACCUGAUUUUCGGUAUAAUUUACUGCCAUGCUGCCAGAGGAUAGUAGUUUGAUUCAUGGAGAUUUGUUUUUUAUGAACCGGUAUUUCAAAAAUAGAAAAUUAUAUUAGAAGAUUACUUAAAGUUGUAUAGUCUGAUAACAUUUACAUCUAACUCUAAUGAAUAUUUUGCAAAGUAUAUAUCUUCAAUCCAAAUUGUCAUCUACAUAAAAGAAAAUCUGUGUGUGUGUGUGCGUCCAGAACCAGGAAUCCAACAGUGAAUUACAAAAGUGGUAAUCAUAAUUACUUAGCAUCUUAGCAUUAUGAUUUAACCUGAAGCUGCUUUCUUUUUAUAACAGACGUAAGCCAUAUUUGGAGAGAACUGAGUAAGCAGCGUGUGUACCAACUGUUUGCAUUGAAAUAAUUUAUUGUAGCUUAACAUAGGGAGUUUGAGUACAGGUGCUUAUUUCAGAAUUUGAGAUGUAACAUUUGUUGAAUGUUUUUAAAAUUCAUUUUAUCUGUUGUGUUGUUUAUGACAUUGCCAAGAAAAAGAGAACAUUUAGGCUAAAAUAGGUCCCAUUCAAGCAUAACGAAACUCAGUCUGAAACAAACAGGGGCAAAGACUCAAUCUAGAACACAUGGGCAGAAGACACAUGUGAGUUGCAGCGUAUUCUGAAUGACAUUUAUUUUAAGCACAUAUGGUAACAACCUAAAAUUUCCAUUUGUGUGUGACAUAAUCUGGCCAUAAUGAUGAGAAGGAAUAGCUGUUUCUUAAGUGCUAGGAAAACUAUAGAAUCAUAGAAUUUGAGAAUUAAAAGGGACUUAGAAACCACUGAACACUAGCCUAACCUCCAAAACCUGCAAAAUCCUCUUGUAAACUGUCCUUGACCAGCGUCCUCUGUUCUCUGUGCCAUUUACAUUUAAGCAAUUGUUCUGCUUACAUUCUUUAAAAUGGAUUUUUGGAUUAGAAUAGAAUUAGUUGCCACUCUUUAUACUUGUUUAUAGUGCAAAUAUAAACUUCACUUUGAACUGCAGCAUAGUUUGAAGUAUCAGAUUCCCAAUUAAAGAAGUUUUAAAAUUUUGGAAAGUAAUUUAAAUGUUUACUAAUUGUAUACUUGUUACAUGUACUAAAAAUAAUUCUGUCAUUGCAGUAAAGAAAUGAUGGUGGUGAAAA